CCAAGAACUGGGAGCAGGCCCAGGGAAGGGGCCGUGGAGGGGGAUCGGCCCUGCCGAGCUCCGGCAUCUCCGCAUCCCCUCCAGGUCCGGGCGAGCUCCUCCCGGCUGCGGGCCAAGGACAACACCGGCAACCCGAGCCCUUCCCACCGAACGGGGGGCCCGCGUCUACCCUGGGGCCGGGGCCGGGGGGCCCCGAGGCGAGGGCCGAUCCCGGGAAGGGGGAGAAUUCCCCGCUCCGCCGCUCUGAUGGCGCUGCUGUUGGGAGCGGUGCUGCUGGCGGCGGGAGCCUCGAUCCCACCGGGAAUGCCGGCCCCGCGCGACCUGGCCCGCUCCGUGCUGGAGACCCACGGGCAGGACCUGCGGCUGCUCAAGCUGCUGGGAGUCGCCAGGACGAGCUUCGACUGGGGAACCCACUUCAGCAUCAACUUCACGGCGCGGCAGCCGCCCUGCCCCAAACCCUCCCCGGACCCGCGGGGCUGCCGGGGCCGCCCGGGCAGGGUGCAGCGGUGCUCGGCCCAGGUGUCCGUGUUCACCUUCCUGCCCGACGUGCCGCUGUCGAUGGUGGAAUGUGGCCAGGAGCCGCAGCCCGGUGGCAGCGCCCAAUCCCGCUCCCCUGGCACCCCAAAAACCUCCGGCGCCAACCCAGGUCACUCAUCCUCCUCCUCCUCCUCCUCCUCGCGGCCCCCCCCGCGGCCUCGCCCCCCCAGCGCGUCCCCCCGGGGACCCUCCCGCCGCCCCCCGGCCCCAGCGGAGCUGGAAUAA